AUGUCUCUAAAAAAAUAUAAAAAAAAUAAAAUAAAAUUAUUAAAAUAUAAUGGAGAAUCAACAAAUUCACUGGAAAAUUAUUCAGGAAUAGGAACUGUAAUAUUUUAUCCUCAUAAAAAUUUGAAGACAAAAGAAAAAUAUUAUGGAAAUUUAUUACAAGGAAGAAAACAUGGAUAUGGAGAAUAUAAAUAUUACAAUGGAGACUUCUACCAAGGAUCUUAUGAGCAUGAUAAGAAAAAUGGAAUAGGCACUUAUUUUUACAAUAACAGUACAAAGAAAAAAAAGGAAAAUAAGAAAUCGAAAAAGCAUGGAAAUAAAAAAGAAAGUGAAGAGGAUAAAGAUGAUGAUGAAACAAAUUCAAAUGGAGAAAAUGAAAAUAAUAAUGAAGAUGAAACUGAAGAUGAAAACGAAGAUGAAAACGAAGAUGAAAAUGAAGAUGAAGAUGAGGAUGAAGAAGAGGAUGAAGAAAAGGAUGAAGAAAAUGAUGAAACAGAUGAUAAAACAGAGGAUGAAACAGAUGAUAAAACAGAGGAUGAAACAGAUGAUAAAACAGAGGAUGAAACAGAUGAUAAAACAGAGGAUGAAACAGAGGAUGAAACAGAUGAUAAAACAGAGGAUGGAACGGAGGAUAAAGAGGUGGAUGAGGAGGAAGAGGAGGAGAAAGAGGAGGAUGAAGGUGAAGAUGAAGAUGAAGAGGAGGAUGAAAAUGAAGAUGAAAAUGAUACAUAUGAUAGGAAUGAGGAUGAUGAAAAAGAUGAUGAUAGAUAUGGGAAUAAGGAUAGUGAAGAUGAUGAUGAGAAUGAAGAUAAUGAAGAUGAGCAUAGUGAUAAUGAAGACAUAAAAUAUAAGGAAAGUAGAUAUGAGGAUAAAAAUGAAAUGAAUGAAGAUGAAUAUAGAGACAAAUAUUAUAAUGACGAUAAAAAUGAUAAAGAUAGUAAAGAAAAUGAAAACGAAAAAAAUAAAGAAUAUUAUAAAAAAAAAAAAAUUUCUAAAAAAAUUUUGUAUUUAAUGAAAAAUUUUGAUAAAGCAAAAGGAAAAAAAUACAUGAUUAAAAAAAAAAAUUAUUAUUAUGGUAAUUAUUUUAAUGGAUUAAAGCACAAUAAUGGAAUGAUGGUAUAUGAAAAUGAAGACAUAUAUGUUGGAAGUUGGAAAUUUGGAAAAAAAAAUGGAUGGGGAAAAUAUAUAUAUAAAAAGUGUAAAAGUAUAUUAGAAGGAUAUUGGGUAGAUGGAUAUAUAUCGUAUGGGAAAUGGAUAUUGCCAAAUGGAAUGUAUUUUGUUGGUAACUUUAAAGAUAACAAACCUAUUGGCAAUGGCGUAUGGGUUUUUAAAGAUAAAACUCAAUUAAAUGUUUUUUAUGAUCAAAUUGAAAUAAAUUCUAAAAGAAAGAAAAAAAAAAGUGGAAAAUGCUCCAAUAUUGUAUUGAAAUAUAAUCCAUUGUAUAUUACAUCAACUAGAGAAGCGUGUUGA